UCACUCGAGGGUUUCUUCUUCCCUUCCCGAUAAAGCUACUUCCCCUCCUCCGCGACCAGUUCCCUCCCCCCCCCCCCCCCCCCCCCCCUCCUCUAAGACAAUCCAUGGCCUCCUCCUCCUCCUCCUCUACCAGUCUGUACGACAUCCCGUGGGUCGAGAAGUACCGGCCCACGAAAGUCUCCGACGUCGUCGGCAACUCCGACGCCGUCUCCCGCCUUGAAGUCAUCGCCCGCGACGGCAAUAUGCCCAAUCUCAUUCUCUCGGGUCCUCCUGGCACCGGGAAGACCACAAGCAUACUCGCCCUCGCCCACGAGCUCUUGGGCCCCAGUUGCCGAGAGGCCGUUCUUGAGCUGAACGCAUCUGACGAUAGAGGUAUCGAUGUCGUGAGGAACAAGAUCAAGAUGUUCGCCCAGAAGAAAGUAACACUCCCACCAGGCCACCACAAGAUUGUAAUCUUAGAUGAGGCCGACAGUAUGACAUCUGGUGCACAGCAAGCGUUGAGGAGGACAAUGGAGAUCUACUCAAACACCACACGGUUCGCUCUUGCCUGCAAUAUAUCAUCUAAAAUCAUUGAGCCAAUUCAGAGUAGAUGUGCACUUGUUCGCUUCUCAAGGCUGUCUGAUCAGGAGAUUCUCGGCCGCCUUAUGGUAGUGGUGGAAGCUGAGAAGGUUCCUUAUGUGCCAGAAGGCCUCGAGGCCAUCAUUUUCACUGCUGAUGGUGAUAUGAGGCAGGCGUUGAACAAUUUGCAAGCGACAUUCUGUGGGUUCCGGUUUGUCAAUCAGGAGAAUGUAUUCAAGGUUUGUGAUCAGCCUCACCCUUUGCAUGUUAAGAAUAUGAUCCGCAACGUGCUUGAGGGGAAGUUUGAUGAUGCCUGUGCUGGUCUGAAGCAGCUCUAUGAUUUGGGUUAUUCUCCUACUGACAUUAUCACCACUCUCUUUCGAAUUAUUAAAAAUUAUGACAUGGCUGAAUAUCUGAAGCUGGAAUUCUUGAAGGAAACAGGAUUUGCCCACAUGAGAAUCUGCGAUGGAGUAGGCUCGCUUCUUCAGCUCUCAGGUCUCUUAGCUAAGCUUGCAUUGGUCCGGGAAACAGCGAAAGCUCCAUAAAUAUUCUUUGCUGCUAAAGAUAGCUUGUCUCCUUUGUCUGAAAUUUUGAGAACUCUCAGCUGUUAAGCUCAUCAUAACACUCAUGCUUCACUAGUUUUCAGUUAUUUGUCAGGUGCUCAACUUGAUUACACUUAUUAUCAGUCUUACCAAGUUGGAAGUCUAGGAAAUUCCAUCAGUAUUUGAUACAUAUUCCGGUUUUCAAUUUUAUUUAACACAAAAAUUUAGGCCC